AUGAAGCGCCGAUGGCUUGCAGCCUUAGCUCUGCUCGCUGUUGCUCUUCCGCUCGGCGGUUCCUUUGUCCAGAGCAACAUGAUGGAGAGCGGACUGCGCCAAAUCAAGCAUGUUGUCCCGCGAACCAGAGCACGCAGCAAGCUUCAUGUGGAGGACGCCUAUGAGAGGUCCUGCUUCUCGCCGCCAGCCCUGAUAGGCUGCCUAGCUGGGCUUUGCUUGUCCUUUUUGGUGGCGGCGGCACAGUCAGCCCCCGCAUUCGCGGAAGCAGACGGCUCUCCCACAGGCUUUGCGGAGUUUGCACGAAAAGGCGGCAAGAUGGAUGCGGACGUGGGCUGUUUCUUUGUGCAGUGCGGCAAGCAGACGAAGGAAUGCUUUGCAGAGGAUGGACGAUGUCUGAAAGGCGCUAUGUGCUUAGCUCGCUGCCGUGGAGAUGCUGACUGCGCCACCCAAUGCUUUGCGGAGUAUGGAUGCCCGAGGCUAGAUGCAUGGCUCAACUGCACUGUAGAGAAGCAGCAGUGCGUUAGUGUACCCGCAGGGACAUAUGAUGUGAAAAAGUUCUAUGCCGAGCAAGUCCCAACAAAGAUGAAGGACUUCGAUGUGCGAAAGCUUGACGGGAAGUGGUACAAGGUUCGAGGAUACAACCCAAAGUAUGACUGCUAUCCUUGCCAAACCAACUCCUUCAAGUACGACCCAGCCACCAACACCAUGGCGACUGACGUCAAGCUGCGAGUGGCGAGAAAAAAGUCUGGUGGCUACUGGGAAAAUACACUGACAGAGAAGAUGGACGUGCAAGCUCCUUCCGAUCGUAGUACUUUGUUUGCAAAAGGGGAGAUCUUUGGCUUGUCCUUCCAAGAAGAAUGGUAUGUUCUUGGCGCUGAUGAUGACUUCGUUGUCACAGCAUAUGUAGGCAACAACCUCCAGGAUGCCUAUCGAGGCAGCUUUGUAUAUGCACGAACGCCCGUGCUAUCUGUAGAAGCAGAAGCCAAAGCCAGGGCGAUUGUGGAAAAGAAUGGCUAUGAUUGGUCGAAGUAUUGUGUGAUUGACAAUGCCUGUCCUGAUCAGCCACCUGUGGACUACAGCGCUCCGGUGUCAAUGAAUAUGGACGACAUGCAAGAUCUUCUUGAGUGGUUCGCACCGGGCUCUACCAGAGGUGGCACUGUGAAGGAUGCCGGCUUCAACGGCGAUUACUGA